CGCAUCAGUACCGCAGUACACGCACACGCACACGCACUCGACCCACUCGAUGACCGCCUGCUGCCGCCGCCACCACCACUACCACCACUACCGCUAUCACCACCGUCACCACCACCGCCGCCGCCACAGACACCUCCACCACCCACAGAUACGGCACUACCGAUAUCCCCUCCGCCCGCCGCCACCACCACCACCACCGGAGACCGUCGUGCCGACAACAACAACGACGACGACGACGACGCAGCGGCGGCGGCGGUGGUACGUCAUGUCCAGGCCGCACCGGCGCCCGUCUGCCGUGAAGGUUCGCGCGCAGUUUUUACGUCGGCCCGCGGCCGCCAUGUGAGCGAAAUAUUUUCCUCCACGCACGCACACACACGCACACACAUUGUUGUCGCCGCCGCCGCCGCUGUCGUCGUAGUCGUCGGUUUUCGGUCGUCGUGUUUCGUAUCGCCGGUGCACACGACCACCGCCGCGCCGCCGAUAUCGUCGUUCGCCGUUCGCUCAGUUCGCUGUCGACGGGGCCGCUGCAGAACGAGAUGAACAUAAGUCAAUAAUGGGCGGAAUGGAUACAGAUCAAUUAUAUUCCGUGCGUUGGAAUGAAUUCCACACAAGUAUUAUAACAUCAUUCAGACAUUUACUCGAUCAAGAAGACUUUAUAGAUGUUACUAUCGCUUGUGAUGGUCAUUCAUUUACUGCACAUAAAGUUGUGCUUUCUGCAUGUAGUCCUUACUUCAGAUCUCUGCUCAAGGCAAAUCCAUGCCAACAUCCCAUUGUAAUCCUUCGCGAUGUUAAGAAACAAGAAAUGGAAGCAUUAUUAAGUUUCAUGUACAAUGGAGAAGUUCGGAUUAAUCAAGAACAUUUACCAGAAUUUUUGAAGACUGCUCGUAGCUUGCAAGUACGAGGUCUUGUUGAUUUUACUAAAGAAAACCAACCAUCCUCAUGGGGAAGUUCAAGUGUAGUUCCAGUUGAUGUGGUUGGAAAAAAUAAAGCCAGUGAUAAUUUACCUAGCCCACCAUAUAAAAGACAACGUAAUAACUCUGAACAGUUGACUACUCAACCAUUGACUCCUAGUAGUAGUUAUAAUGCCGAUAGAGAUAAAGAUACACCAUCACUGCUCGUUCAAGCAUUGGAAUUGAAUCAAUCACAGUCAAGUCAGAAUAAAAAUACAGUAGACUCGUCGGUUACUGGUCAUUCAUCCGAUGAAGAGGAUAGUAAUUCUGGAGAUUCAGAUGGCAGUCAUACAGUUAAUGAUAAUCCACGUUCAGAUGUAAAUCAGCAAAACAAUGAUAUUGUUAUUCAACCUCAAAUAUCUCAGGCCCGACAUUCAAAACUAGAACCUGCAGAUUUUUUAUCAAGUAGUGGUAAUAAUCAUGACCUACACAACACAUCAAUCUCAAUUGAGCAACAAUCCAGGCAUUCUUUUCCUACUUCAAUUUCAUCUGGAGUUUCAAUUAUAAGUAGCUUACAAGGAUUGCCAGGUUUAUUACCAGGUCCAUCAGGCUUACACAACAAUAGCCAAGAAAACAGCUAUGCCAGGAGAUCGAUCGAGAUGACCAGAGUAAGAGCAACCGACCCGAGACCGUGUCCAAAGUGCGGAAAGAUCUACCGUUCGGCACACACGCUCCGCACACAUCUGGAGGACAAACACACCGUGUGUUCUGGAUAUAGAUGUGUACUGUGCGGCACGGUGGCCAAAUCGAGAAAUUCGUUGCACUCGCACAUGUCGCGUCAACACCGUGGUAUAAGUACCAAGGAUCUACCCGUGCAACCAAUGCCGUCCAAUUUCGAUCCGGAACUGGCGUCAAAUCUGCUGCUAAAAGCUGGAGUCAAGGUAUCGCCGGCUGAAUUACGGGCAAGAGCUUCGCCAACAGACGCGGUCACGACCAGUCACCGGCGCAGCGACGGCAAGCUAGACUUGCAGUCGGCUAACAGCAGCGUGUGCGGCGGUGACGACCCCGAGGACUUAACCGUGAACUCGUCCGGUCACCACCACAAUCACCAUAACAACAACAAUAACAACCAUCACCACCAGCAAUACGGGAACAACAACAACAACCAACAGCGGUACAGCGAAUCACAACAACAGCAACUGUUGCAGCAGCAGCAGCACCAUCUCCACAACAGCGGUGGUGGCAAGUUUCCCACGGCCAUGGACUUGAUCGACAAUUACGCGCGAGCAGGCGGCGGUGGGGGAGGCAGCGGCGGAGGUGCUCUGUCACCGUUCCUGCCGGCUUUUGCGGCUUGUGGCAAAGACUUGCAGCCGGGUGACAGCAAGAUCUCACCGUACAACAACAAGGCGUUCCUGGACUCGUACCUCAAGGCACUGGUGGAGACCAACCCACCGCUGUUCUACGCAUCCAAGAUUGCCGGAGACAUGAUCAAGCACGAGAUCGCGCCCGAUGACGCGGAUUACUCGUCAGCGUCCGACGAGGACGAUAUCGAUGAGGAUGACAUCGAUGAGGACGUCGAUGAAGACGUCGACGACGAAGACGACGACCGCCGUCGUCGGCGUGGGCACAGCAACGGUGGCGGAGCCGGUAGCGUCAACGACACGCCAUUGCCGCUGCAGGCCGGCAAGAACUGAUCGGGCAAAUCCGCCCCCAAUCUCUCCCCCCUACCAGCAGGCCCACCCAAUCUCACUAUCAACUCCGCACUACCAUCUACACCGCUGCCGUUCAUCGGUGCGAGAGCGACGAAACACAAGUGUAAAAAAUUUUAAAAAAAUCAAAAAAAAUUUAGAACUUAGGCCUUUUAGUUUUGAGUGUAUAUUGAAUAAAUCCGUGAUUCUUCGUCUGCGGGGCGAAAGAGAGAAGAGAGUACGUACAUAAAAUAUUAUUGUAAUAUUAUUAUUAUCAUUAUUAUUAUUAUUAUUAUUAUAUAAUAGCUAUAAAGUGUAGCGGUCAGUUAGGUCGUGUGUUUGAUGUAUUCACGGACGGAACUACCUGUAUCGUAAGAUCUAAAAUUUAUUUUUUUAAAGACUUCAUGAAUGUAUACGUCAACGGAAAUUCUCGGAGGACAAUAAUUUCUAAUAUUAUACUUACUAAGCAAAUUCUAUCAUUAAACACGGUACAACAUUUAUUGAUGAUUUAAUGCCACAGAAGACAACGUAGAUCUAUUUUCUGAUCAGGUGUUUUUUUUUUAUUAUUAUUAUUAUUAUUAAUCAAUUUUUUUUUACGUUUUUAUUUAUUUACGACUAGUCAUUAAAUUGUUUAACAGUCUAACAUAGCAGUUCAAACAUGUUUGUUCCUAAAUGUUUUUAUCAGAUUUUUUUUCUUUUCGUUCGUGCCAUAGUAUAUAAUAUACACCUAAAUAAUAAUAUGAUAUUUACGAAACCUUUUAUGGGUUAGACUCUCUCUAAUAUUAUAUAGAUACCAUACCAUUCCUCUUCAACUACCUCAAUCGUAGAUGUUAAAAUGUGUUUUUUUGCUUACGCCAAGUAAUAAAUCGAUCACAACCUCUUAACACAAGACUUGAAUUAUAUUGUUACAUAUAUAAUAUAUUUUUUCGUCUUUUAAAACAUGCCAUAUUAAACUUGUUAGUUAAAAGUAGGUACACUUCCUAACUAUAAACCAGUAUUAAUAAAAACAACUUUAGUGAUGCAGCAAAGUUAUAUUAUUAUAUUUUUUUUGAAAACUCGUAGUACCAUUAUUAAAAAAAAACAUCCCCUAUGAGUUUCAUUUUUUUUAUUUAUUUAUUUACAUAUUUAUUUAUUUAUCUAAUUAAACACAGUAUUGCUGUAUGUUGACCCGUUUGUUUUAAAAAUGUAUUUCAAUGAUAAAAUUGCUAAUAGUAUAGUCUGAAGACUUCCUCAUUUCAUGUGUUCAACAACAAUAUAAUAUAUACAAUACAAUAUAAGAUAAAUGAUUUCAUUUUGAACUAGAAAUAUUAUAUGCAAAUGCAUUAUCUUAAAUCAAAUAAUAAAAAAAAACGUAUAAUUUUAUAAUAUAGUUCUAUAGAACUUAAAAUAUUAUGUUUUAUAUAUACGACUAAAAUAAUACUACUUUGAUGGUAUUACUAUUCUAUAUGUAUAAAUUAAUUUAUAAUAUAUAUACAAACAAUUUAUAAGGCUCAAUGUAUAUAAUAUCGUGUUUUAUUGAAUUAUUAUUUUUAAUUAUAUUUUACACGUUUUUUUUAAAAUAGAGUACAAAUCAAAGUGCAAAAUUAGCAUUAGUUUUUUUCAAGCGGUUAAUAAACGAUAGCCGAUUUGAAAUUAAAUUACAAAUCUAAACUAAUUGGGUUUCUUUUUACUACGUUAUAACUUUAUAAGUACAAUUUAAAUAAUAAUAUAUAAUCUUAUCAAAUAUAGUCAAUACAACUUAAAGUACAAACAUAAAUGUUAUUUUUACUAUUAAAAUUAUUUUAAUGCGUGUUAUUACUGUAUACAUAGUUUUUAAAAUAAUGUACCUAUCAAAACUCUGAACAAAGAUAUUGUAUUAUUUUAUUCUUUCUGUAUCUCUCUCAAUCGAACCCAAGUGCAAUAAUUAUUUAACAUCAUAAUAUCUUUAUUAUUUAUUUAUAUUAAUUUAAACAAAACCGUUAACAAAAAAAAAAAAAAAACAAUUUAAAAGUUCAGCAUCUUGGUUGUACAAAUGUUAUGUGUAUUUCUGUUGAUAAUUCAUUCAUUUUUAUUAAUUAUUUUUAUUAUUAUUAUUUUUUUUUUUAUUAUUAUUAAUUGACACUAGUCAUUGAUUUCUUUCAUGCCACUCAUCGAACAAAAUAAUAAAACAGCUUGUUGACCAAUGAAAUAAUAUUAUGAAAUAUUUACUUACAAACUUAAGUUAUUAAUAUUUUAUUCUUUUUUUUUUUUUAUUAAGGUCGUGGUCAUUUUUCCUAAUUAGACUGAUGAAAGGAAAGACUGAUGACACUUUAUGUAUUUUUAUUUUUAUGUUUUACAUUGAAAAAUCUGAAGUGCCUCGCAUUAUUAAUUAUGUUAGUAGAUAGGUGGUUGGGCACAAACUGAACAAAUUUUUCCAUGUAUACAUAACAGUUUCUCAUUAUUAUAUUUUUUUUCAUUUUAAUAAUUUACCUCAACAAUAUACUAAUUAUAAAAUAUAAAAGACUACCAUAAAUUGAAGCAUAUAUAAUAUAUUUUAAAAACAAUAUGUCAAAUAAGACUUAUUAUAAAUUAAAUUAAAAUAAUGUAUAAAUCAUUUAAACUGAGUAGAUAAACAAUUUAAUAAUAUAUUUUUAAACUUAAAAUCGAUAAGUUGUAUCUCUAUUAAACACAUUAUUAAACCAAGAAGUAGAACAAUGAUUGAUUAAUAUUUGAGUUAUUUAAUUUUUUUAAAUCUUUUUUUUUUAUAUAUAUAACACGUUUUUGUACAGAUUUAUAUAAGCCUUCAAGAUUUUAUUGAUAUGUAGGAAAAUAUUUAUGCAUACCGAUUAUGAUGUUAUUGUGUAACGUAGACUGGUGCUUUAACAAUGAAUUGCAAUGUAUAAUUAUUAUUAUUAAUAUUAUACUCAGCUCACAAUGUAAAAUUAAACCAAGAUUUUUUUUUGUUUUGAGACUCAGUGAAUUGAGUAUUUUAUUUUGUCAUAUGUAUAAUGUAUAUACAAUGUUUUUUCUUUUUUUGUUAAUGAAAGUUUAGACCAGGUAAUUAUUAUAGUACAAACAUUUUAACAUUUAAGUUAGAUAGUAUCAUGUUUAAUUUUAGUUGCUAAGAUUUGUUAUGCAUAAAAUAAUAUUGUCAACGAUUUUUUUUCUUUUGUAAACCUGAAUAAGUAAUUCUUUGUAUGUUGAUCAAGUGCCAUAAUAUAUUUUAAAAUAUUAUAAUCAUAUAAUUUUUUGAAAAUUAAAGAAAAAAUCAAAUGGAACACUUGUACCUGUAAUCAAUGUGUCUUUAAAUUUUAACUGUUGUUAAUAUAACUGUAUUAGAGUAUGAAUCAACAGCUUAUGAUCUAAAUUGUUAAUCAAUCGAACUUCAUGAUUUACAAAAAAAAAAAAAAACUCUUUUUGUUAGUAUAAGCAAUCACGAGACAUAAUAUCACACUAAAUGUUUUAUUUUUAUCGAAACAAUUGUCAAUUAUCAUGUUACGAGAAGUAAAAGAUUACUUAAACAGAGAUUUAGUCGGGCCGUGAAGAUUUUGUUUGUACAAUUCUCAUUCCAGACCAUACUCUGUCAAAUAAGGGCUUGUUGGUUCAUACUUAGUGUAUAAUAUUGGUAUUAAAAAGAUACCAAUUAUUGUGAAACAUCAAAACAUUUAAAAUCACACAAUGUAUAAAGCGCUCUUUUAAAAAUAAUUUUCUUUAUUUUGUUUUGUUUUUUUUUUUACAUGCUACUAUUAAUCUUUUAAAAAUACUCGCUGUAUCAAAUAUUUUGUUUUUUGUUCCAACAUCUUUUUUCAUUUUUUAAAAACAGAUCUGCUCUGCUCAAUUUGUUAAUAUAUUUUAUUUAUAACGUUUGGUUUUUUUUUUUUUAAAUAAUUACAGUUUUAAUUUUUAAUUGUAUAUGGUUUCUUAUAAUUAAUAUUAUAUUUACUAUUAUUAUUAUUAUUAUAAUUAUUAAAUUUUAAAGGCCUUGUACUUAAAAACAAAAACAAUACGAUUAAGAAAAACAAUGUACAAACAUUUUUAGUAAUUUCAAAUGAUAAGCGGAGACCAGUAGUUUUAAAAUGAUAAUCAUAAUGAAAUUGACAAUGUUAUGUUUUAUUGAUUUUGUAAAUUGCAACGUUAAAAUUGUCUUACUCAUCAAUAUCGCUACCAGUCAAUGUUCCUAAUUAUUUUUAUGUAUUUUAUUAUUUGGUUUUUUUGAACGUACUAUACGAUGCCCGCUGAAUUCUUGUUGUCUUCUAAAAAGCUCGCUGGCCGCUGUUUAUUAUAUUCUCUUUGUUUGAAUUCCAUCAAAUUGAAUAAUCAUCGAUUGUUAGUGUAAUAGCAUUGAUACCUAUUGUAUUUUAGUUAAAAAUAAUGGGUUGUCUUUUACCGCAAGAAACGUUCAGGGUUUUUUUUUCUUAUUGACACAUUUGAUUGUCUUAUACACACGUGUAUGCUCGCGCAGUGGUGGGCCAUUCGUCGACCUUUUUGUUGAGUAUCAUCUCUCUGUGAUUAUCAUUUAAAUCGUUUUACCAUCAGCUUAUAAUACCACUUGUGGUUGUUACCGCCGUAUAUCGGUUACUCGAUCCCGAUGUGUGUUACCACGAUAAUAUAACAUAUACUAUUAUAAAAGUCUAAGUUGGACCACUAUCAUCGGCCAUCGCGUCUCACCCUCCUCCCAUAAUCGUAUUUGAAUAAUCGUUUCGUCAUAUGUGUGUGCGUGAGUGUGUAACUAGUUGUCUAAAUUAUUGUUUUUAAUAACACUAUUUACGAAAAAAAAAAAAAAAUUAAAAAUAAAACAAAAAAACAAUUAAAAAAAAAUAAUAUAUUAUAUAGCGAGUCACGUGUUGUAUAGAGUUUGAAAAACCAAUAAAAAAAAAUUAUUUUGGUUAAUAUUUACUUGCUUAUUAUUUUAAUUAUUAUUAUUAUUAUUAUUAAGUAACUCUUUAAGAUUAUGCACACACGUUAUUGUAGUAUAUUACAUAAUAUAGUAUGCGUGUUGUAGUUUUGUUUUAUAUUUAUUUUCGUAGUGUACCUGUUGGAUAUUCGUCUCUUAUACGCGCCCUGGGCCUUCUCCCCCCUCAUUGUUGGUUAUCUGUUAGCCUCAUCACCCGUUCGUUCACCAUCCCACAGAGUUGAAUGUUUAAAUUUCAUUGAAGUUUUUAUUGUACCAUGACUAAAUUUUUUUAUUAUAAUUAUUAUUAUUAUUAUUAUUAUUGUUUAACAAUAAAAUUACCGGUCAACGCCAUUUUGUCGAGCAGCAGUUUGUUUUUUUUUUUAAGUUAAAAUUGAUUAUUAUAUUGUUUUAUUAUGUCGUGAAAAAAGACAAAAAAAAAAUUGUUUUUCUAAGUGCCUUUAAAUGUACUAAUGUACCUGUGUGUGUGUGCGUGUGUGUGUACACUAAGUACUACUUAUAUACAUUAAAAAAAAAUCAGUGCAGGUAGUCAUACGCACCCUUUAAACUGUUUUUUUUUCUUAUUUUUAUAUUUUAUUAUUAUAUUAUUAUCAUUAUUAUUAUUAUUAUUAUUAUUAUUUAUGUUUUAGUUCAGAUCAUACUGAUAUAUAAUGCACAAUAUUAUUCGCCUUUGUUCAGAAAAUAAUAAUUAUUAAAUAUACAAUAGAUGUUAGUAAAAAUCGAAUUUAUAAAUAUUGUUUCGAGAAUGAAAUAAAUAUCGUCAUACGCUAUAAUAUAAUGAUGUAAUAACUAUUUAAAUAUUAUUGUCCUAGAGAGCGUUAUGUUUAAAGUAACAUUGUUCUGUUACAAAUAACGGUAAAAAAAUUUUAAUUCCAAGAAAAUGUGUGUACUUUGUGUAAAACAUGUAGAUAGUUUUAAAAAAAUAUAGUAAUGUGCAAUUGAUUUCAGCAGUUAAUAAUAAUAAAACAAAUAUAAUUUAAAUUUAAA